AUGCGCUACGCCUUCACAGCCCCAGCCCUGCUGGCCGUGACGGUCCUCGCUGUUCCAAUCUCUACUUCUGAUGAUGAGGUCCAGGCUCAAGAUCUGGGGAUCGAUAAUCUGGAUCUUCCUCAGCUGACGGUUAAGAAUAUCGGUAAGCGCGAUGAGGAUCUUUCUAUCGACGGCAUUGAUGCGCCGGGUAUUCCUACCCUCACUGUUCCUACGUUGAAAUCUAAGCGCGGGGACGGGGAUGACGGCCUGCUCGGUGAUGUUGAUGUCGAUAUUCUCAAGCGUGGAGAUCUCCAUGAUGGAGAUGACGGCCUGCUCGAUGGUCUUGGUCUCGAUAUUCUCAAGCGCGAGGAUCUUCAUCAUGGGGAUGAUGGCCUGCUCGAUGACCUUGGCCUUGACCUCGAUAUUCUCAAGCGUGAUGACGGCGACGCUGACAGCGACCUAAUCGAGGCGGCUGUGGACGCGGCUGAUGUGCUUGGAAAGCGCGAUGAAGAUAUGACUACUGGUCACGGUCACGGUCACGGCGGCGGCGGCGAAAAGGACGACGACGGCCUUCUGGAUGAGGUUGAGCAAUUGCUUGACCUCGACGAUCUGCUCAAGAAGCGCGAUGAAGGUAUGACUACUGGUCACGGUCACGGUCACGGCGGCGGCGGCGAAAAGGACGACGACGGCCUUCUGGAUGAGGUUGAGCAAUUGCUUGACCUCGACGAUCUGCUCAAGAAGCGCGAUGAAGGUAUGACUACUGGUCACGGUCACGGUCACGGCGGCGGCGGCGAAAAGGACGACGACGGCCUUCUGGAUGAGGUUGAGCAAUUGCUUGACCUCGACGAUCUGCUCAAGAAGCGCGAUGAAGGUAUGACUACUGGUCACGGUCACGGUCACGGCGGCGGCGGCGAAAAGGACGACGACGGCCUUCUUGAUGAGGUUGAGCAAUUGCUUGACCUCGACGAUUUGCUCAAGAAGCGCGAUGACGGUCUCCUCACCGACGGCGACGAGAAUGGCAGCAACUACAACAACAACGGCAACGAUGGCAUCCUUGGUACGGGCAUCCUCCGCAAGCGAGAGCAGGACAGCACUGAUGGACUCAUCGGUGGCUUUGACCUGGGGACUCCCGUCAUUGAUGCCGUCAACGCGUAA